UUUUGAGUAUCGAACGAACUGAUCGGCAUAUCUGUUUCCAAACCCAAAUCGCAGAGUGAGUUAUCUGUGUUAGUAUUUCAGUGGCAGUGCAGUGUGAUGGCCAGUUGUUCCUUCUCGAAAGUUCGGAAAAUCUAUGAUUUUGGUUCUUUAUUAGUGGGACAGCUUACGAGAGCUACUAAACUUAUCGAACACGGUUCAGCUUCACUGCCCUUCGUUGAAUCUACUUCAUUGAAAACGGCGUCGUGUUGGAGGCAGUACCACGACGGAAGGCCCAGAGGCCCCCUUUGGAGGGGAAAGAAGCUCAUUGGCAAAGAAGCGCUCUUUGUGAUAUUGGGCUUAAAGAGGUUUAAGGAUGACGAGGAAAAGCUUCACAAGUUCAUCAAAUCUCACGUUCUCAGACUCUUGAAGAUGGACAUGAUCGCCGUUCUCACUGAACUUGAGCGUCAAGAACAAGUUUCUCUCGCUCUCAAGAUGUUUAAGGUUAUGCAAAAGCAAGAUUGGUACAAGCCUGAUACAUUCCUUUAUAAGGACUUAAUCAUUGCAUUGGCAAGGUCCAAAAAAAUGGACGAAGUGUCCCAAUUGUGGGAAAGCAUGCGAAAGGAAAAUUUGUUCCCUGAUUGUCAGACUUAUACUGAAGUCAUAAGGGGCUUCUUGAACUAUGGAUCUCCUGCGGAUGCGAUGAACAUAUAUGAGGACAUGAAGAAUUCUCCGGAUCCACCUGACGAGUUGCCGUUCAGAAUUUUGUUGAAAGGACUCCUGCCACAUCCUCUUUUGAGAAACAAAGUGAAACAAGAUUUUGAGGAGAUUUUUCCUGAUUCAAAUAUCUAUGAUCCACCACAAGAGAUAUUUGGCGCGCGCUGAGUUUUGAACUCUCUUCACUCUGUCAUCCCGGGAGUUCGGUGAUUUGCUUUAAAAUAUAAAUGGUAUUUUUGUUUUGCUCAUAAGCUGUCUUACGGGCACAGUAAAACGUAAAUGAGUUUAAUUAAAUAGAAUGUGGGUCAAUAGGUUCUAUGUUAGUGUAAUCGGGUAGUCAAUUUUUCCAUCAAAUCGGGUAGUCAAGUUUGAUAGCACGAAUCUGGCUUAUUGAAUGAAAACUGUGCGGAGAAAUUUAAGUGAAGAAUGAGUGGAUUUUAACUUAGGUCAUUAGAAAUUAGAAAUAUGACAAUGCCAUCGAAUUCCA